AUGAAGCAUCUCGCGGUACUGGUUCUGCUCCUGCUUCCGCUCGCGAGGCCUCGGCUCCAAAGCACCGUCAACAGAGAAGCAGAGCAAUCUGCCGUGGCGGCACGACGGACAACAGCAGCCCUCAACACGUACAACCCGGAUGAAGAUGAGCUAUUCCAUAUGCGAAAGUUGCCAGAGCUUACUGUAUACGUGAAGGGGCAUCGAGGAGAAGGAAAGACGGUGGGCGGCGAGCCCACCAAUAGAAGCUACUUGAACAACCUAGUGGCGAAUUCAGCAGCGCAAACAGAGGGCCAACUGAGUAAUAUUGCCUUCAUCAAGACACACAAGACUGCUUCAACGACAUUUGCCUUCUUGCUCUACCGGUACGCGCGAAGGCACAACGUGAAGCUGGCCCACUUUGACGACCACAAUUCCGCCAUUCCCUUAAGAGAGGCUGUUCAACAGACGGAAGGCAGACAAGGGAAGGGAAGGUGCGACAUCAUGCACUACCACGUGUCCGCGUUCGGGCAGUUCGAGGGCUCCUGGAGACAAGCCGAGCAGGCGUACCGAAGAAUACUCCGGAAUACCAAGGCGGUGAACUUCGUCACCGUUGUCCGAGAGCCGCGGAGCCACCUCCUGAGCUAUUACUACUACUUCCUCCAGCCACAGACGCAGAAAACCAUCGGGGAGUUCUUGACGCAAGCGAAACACCCCCGGGAUCCCAUCCACAGGCGCCUCUUCAACCCACUCUCGGCGGAAUUUGGGGUGAAGAAGCGACAGGACCUGCGAUAUGUGCUUGAGAAGGCGCUCCCGAACGCGAAGAUGGUUUUGCUGACAGAGGAGUUCGACGAGGGGUUGAUGGUGCUGCGGCGACUUUUGAGGUGGGAGAUGGUGGACAUGACGUACGUGAGUGUCUACAAAACGACGGCUGGGGCGAGACGGUAUGACGGGAAGCCGCUCGUCAACGCACCCCGUUUCGAGGAUCUUCCCGUGCAGGUGCAGCAGAUCAUCGACCAACACACGGAACUUGACCGGGUCCUGUACAAUGCUGCGAAGUUGGAGUAUGAAAAGCGGAGAGACUUGAUACCGCCACCCCUGUUGGAGGAGGACUUAGUGGAGUUCCACGAGCUGCAGCGAACAGUCGGCGCAUACCUGGUGGAUAACCCUACCAGCAAGGCCAACGCGAUGUACAAGACCGCCAAUAUCUACGCACAGGAGGACGCAUCGCCCUUUUACGAGUUUUAACACGCCAACGGCGGUGUGGCAGCCUAGGCUAUUCAAUUGCUGGGGGCAGAACACGCACGUUCGGCCCAACAGCUUUAACUUUGCUGUUUUGUGUGACGUACGAUAAAUAUCGUGUUUGUGUCGCGGGCAAAUGGCGGUGCGAGUUGUGUGUACACGGAUGACGAGCCGAGCCCGGAGUAAGAAUUGUUUUGACUCGUUGGCACUCAAAAGAUUGAGGAGAAGACGAGACAAAGUUGAUCGAAUUUCGAUCAGAGAGUGAGGUCGGUGCCCCCCCACCCGUCACGGCAUUACGUGGCGUGUGUAUUAUGUAGUCCUUGUGAGUCCACAUCGAUCAGUUUGCUGGUGUGCAAAGUGCUGUGUGCCGGUUCGGCUGUAUUUUUCUAUUCUUGCGUGGGUGGAGAGGUGGGGGAACGGAGGGGGUUGCAUCCUUGCUCAUCCGCACUGUGCAGGUGCAAACGCUAUUUAUUUGGUCUUGAGAUAAUGUCAUAUAGGUGCGAUAUUUGGUGGAAAAGUGUACACAGCAGUGGGUGUUGGUGUGCUUCUGCGUAAGAAGUUAAGUGAACAAUGCCAGCCAAACUAGCUGCCGGAUAAGGCAGUUAAAGUAGUUGCAAUCGUAAGGACGGAGCUUUCGUUUUUUGGUGUGGUUGGAUGAGGUGGGUGCGUAUGAGGUGCACAAUCGGACAGACAGACAGACAGUCUGUUGGUGCAUGAGCGGGCUGUCGGCAGCGGAUUUUGUAAAUGUUUACAGGACCUUGACUCCGGUCGCGUAUUUUUUCUUUUUACCGGACGGAAUCCGGAGGGCGAGUCACGUGACAAACCAGGGGAGCACACGAGAGCAUGAGGUUCCUGGCGUCGAAAAAGUGGGACCUCCGCGCGCGGGUGGUUUCAUGUCGUCUGUACGUGCAGGCAGAGAUUCCACACAAACCUGAGUCAGUCUUGCAAUACCGGGCGUGGGUCAUUUUUAGAGGGAUGAUCAUAACGUCGACUCCGCUUCGCUUUGCGGAAACGCACACACUUGGGACAUGGAGCUGUAUUGUUUGAUGUCUCGGGCAGUUGUGUGUAUCCGUACUUUCUGCACAAUUUCAUGCGUCGGGUGCAGGUUAGAUAAAUCAUGAGAGUUCGUCCG